CUUCAGGCGCCAGCAGGCAUGGGCCAGCAGCAAGGGGGACAGGCUAUGGGACCAGCGUUUAUGGGCCUCCAAAACCAGUAGAUAGGUUAGAUCGACAUGGGGCAUUUAGGCGUAAUGGGUCCAGCAGGCAGGGGCCAGCUGGAUCUUCAACAAGAUCCAACAGGCAGGGGCCAGUGGGAUCAACGUCAACGAGGGCAACAGAUAGGCAUGGACCAAAUACGUUACCACGUCCCAGGAUACCAGAUCAACGGGGAUCACAUGAAUCUAAAUCAAAUUCCAUUUCAAGCUGGCAGGGGCUUGCUAGGGAUGGCAACUGGUGGAGGCCAGAUAGGCAUAGGGAUAGAACCUAGGAUGAUUCAACCCGCGCAAGGAAUACAGGCUGGUAUGGGCCAGCCCAUGACGAUCGCCCCCACAAAUAUAUGGGACAACUCAAGAAUAUAAGGUACACAUCUUGAUAGCCAUGUUAGUACUACUUAAAGGCAAAAAAUUAUAAAUGACGAGUAUGUUGAUUUCGCUUCGUUAUCCAAAGAUGAAAAUAAGCAAAUUUUGCAAUGCAAUACUCAGAAAAACGAUGAUAGUUUAAUAACAUCAGUCACCCUUGCGCCAAGUGAUAAGAACAAAAAGAAAGUCUGGUCAUUUUCAGAUGGCAAAAUGCUUUUUAUGUAUUCAUGACGGUUUAUAUCCCAUACCAUCCAAAUGAAGCUUUAAAAUUUUUCAAAUAUGGGGCUCAUAUUCUCAACCUUAGCUUAUCAGAUUGGGUUAAAUAUGAUGAAAAUUUCCGUAGGAAUAAAAAAUUUGGGUUAGAUUGGGCAAUACCAAAUAACAAUGUUGGGAGCCACUUGGUAAAAUCCUCCACUCAAAAUUACACUCAGAAUAACAAAAGUAAUGUGUCAAGUGCGAAUUCUUUUCGUGACGGAAAACCAAUCUGUAUCCGCUGGAAUAAG